CUUCAAGUGAUAACCGUCUGUCUUCUUUAAUAUUGGAAUCUGUGGGUUGUAGUUCUUAUGCGAGCGUGAGCGUGUGCAUAAUCUACAUGACGAACAAUUUUUACUCUGAGACGAGUUGUGGAUUAUACUCGCACCAACAUAACCCGACUUUCAUCUUUACUUUGAACAUUAUACAAGCAGGGAAGUUGUUAGACGACGGAUGGCUAUCCUCGACGACGGCUUUUAAUAGAAAAGAUUUUUCAACUCUCAUAACGUGGACGCGAUAUUAUAUUUUGAUAACGAAAUAGAAGCUCAUUAAAAGGUGUUCAAGAUCAUUAAAAGCUAACGACUACGAAGAUAGGAAAAAUCACUACAACGAGGAUUUGCAUGCGCAUUCCCCCAGUAAUGCACUUUUACAGCUUCGAAAAACCAAUAUAGUGCCCAACAAAAAGAUAGGAAAAUUAUAUUCUACGUGUAAUUUUUUGUAGCUGUUAAGGUACCUCUAGUGUACGAAGUGGUCUUACAACGUCCAUACGCGUAAGUCUGGGUAUUGUUUAAGGAACAACUUCACAACUCGUCACAACUUCCAGCAUUCACUUUCACCUUGGAAACUAAUUAUAAAAAGUAAAAAGAAUUUGAAUUUCCCUCACUCAGCACACCAGCACCACUAGAAAAUCAUAAAUCAAGAACGCUUCUGGUAAAAAACUCAAGAAUAUAGUUUUACUUCUAUCCCUACAGACUUGUUUGUACUUGCAGCAUCCAAAAUGGUACUCCACGACAAGACCAAGCACGUUCCGUUCGAGCGUCAGCCGUGGUUCAAGCGUAAGGAACGUCAGUCCGGCGACAUCAAGAGCUCGAUCAAUGCGCCGGCUAAAAAAAAUGGCCAAGGCGGAAGCUUCACCUAUUUCGGGACUUCCUUGGAAUUAAGGCUUUUCUUGAAGAGGAUGCAUUGGUUCAUUCAUUCAUCUUCUGAAGAAGCACCUUGCUUAGUGUUUGCUGGGCUUGCAUCGUUUAAUAACAGGGACAAACACGACGGGCACGACAAAUUUUUUACUUACUUACAACAUCACUGAUGUUGAUAACAAAAUGCUUCUCAAGCCACAGUUAGAUGGUUCUAGGUAAUGAAAUUAAAAAACGCUCCUACUCCUUCUAAUCAACGAGGAACAACUAAUGCAGCAUGACGGCGCUCAACAGAUGAUGGGUUCUUUCAACAAAUCGGCUUCGGAGCCUUCGUCCGCCAGUUCUUCCUUCAUCGAGGAGAAAGAUUUCCGAUUCUCUGCGGCUGACUUUCCUCCCUUGGGUUUGGGUUCGAUGAAAGGCUCGCCGAAGGCGACUGCGAUGAAAGAGCGUCAGGCCUCGCAAUGGAUUAGGAACGUGUUAGUGGAUAAAAGCUUGGGAAUCUAGGAGAAGAACUAGUUCUAGAACUAGUGAAAUAAUAGUGCUAGCUUAGCACUAAUUUUUUUGAAAGAAGAUGCUUGCGGUUCCGAGCGUAGCAAUCGGAGCAGGACGUUAAAGAAUGCUCGUCGAAAAAGAAGCGAUGGCAAACCAACUGCGAGCUUGAGCUUGACAUAUUUUGAAUCCACAAAGGAAGAAGAAUACUUGAAUUGAAUGUUGUAGUCGUAGAACUAGAAACAUGGUUGAAAUUGAAGAAUAUGAUGAAUGAUCAUGAUGAACUCAGAAUUAUCGACGGCAGCCAAUGAAUGAUCAUUGAAAACUGAAGAAAGACCUUAUUGUAGUGCAUCGUGAAGAUGAAGGAUAUUUGGAAUUUAGAACUAGAAGACGAAGCGGUCGUGGUAAAAAACAUAGACCUACGAGAAAGAGAAUGUGAAUGUGAAACAUGAUGUAGUACUACAUUUUCUAAAUGUUGAGUCGGAUUCAAUUUUUCGGAUUUCGAAUAUGUAUCCGAUUCCUCAUAUUUUUUGUUUUUUUGGAUGGUUGAUUUUGUCGUAGAUUUGAUUGCAGAUUAUAUUGGAGCUACAAGUCGGUAUUUCGCUUUUCUCGCAGGGAUCAAUGAUUGUAUUGUUAAAGUAAUACUUUGCCCCCCUUAAUAUAAUCUACUCAAUAGACACUAAGAGGACUAAGUCCAAGUACUACAACAAGUACUACUAGUAGAAGAAGUACUUAGGUGAAACCUUGAAGUAGGUUUAAUCAAUUCCGACGAGAAUAUUAGCAAAAUCAGAGCGACUUAGUUCGAAGAUGGAAAAUUGAAAGAGUUGAGGCAGAUUCUACAUCAAGUACCUUCAGGAACCUUGAGGUUCACGUUCCUUCGAGAUUGAUACCGAAAUACAAUAAAUGGCAUGCCUGUCAGGAAUAAGCAACAUUAUCUUCUGCAUAUGAUUUCGAUGUAAUGAAAACUAACAUGAUGAUGGUAGUACUAAUAUUUUCAUGAUGAACUACCAAUCAUAAUAAAGUAGAAGGGAAAGUGACGUUGUUGAGCUUGAAUGAAUCUUAGAUGCAUAUUUUGUCUUGACCACCUCUUGUUAGGGGUUGGAUCUUGGCAUUAAAAGACACGAAGUUCUUGACGGUAUAGUGCACUAACAUCAACGUGGUAGGUUUGAAAAAGAAAUAUGAUGCUUGUAU